AUAAAGAGGUCCCAAGACAGACUGCAUUUGCAAUUUAGGGCUAGUUGCACUGGAACGCACAUGCUCCUCGCAAACGCACCGCAUAAUGGCUGCUCACGGCUACAGCAAGUUACACUGCUUAGAGCUUCAGGGGCGAAAUUACAUCGAAAAAGAGCGUUGACAGUCGUGGCGCGCACGGGCACGCCGCAGCCCCGCCUUCCGCUCAGCACCCAGACGAGUGCGUCAUUGCGUGCAGCCCGCGAGCAGGCCGUCCUUCAGAGCUUACUCUUUGCUGGGCCGGACCAGCUCCUGCUAGGAGUGCUGGCUGGUUCUAGGCUUGGCAAUGGCAAGGGCGCCGCCGCCGUGCUGGAAGCAGAACUCGGGGGUGGGGACUGCGAUUCCGUGCGGGAGUGGCUGAACGAGCAGUCUGGAUCCACUGCUGCGAAACUCCAGGGCAGCGGCUGGCUGCGUCCCUCAGAUGUUGAGUUCUCGCCCGCAGCACGGCGGGUACUGUCGCUGGCGGAGGCGGGCGCAGAGGCUAUGGGCUCUAGCAGCGUGGGCACCUACCACCUGCUACUGGUGCUCAUGGGGGCAGGUGGCGAGCAGCAGGCAGUGCAGGCCGGGGCAGAGGUGGCAAGCACGGAGCAAGUGGACGGCAGUGGCAUGGCGGCCAACUCCAGGGGCUCGACGUCCGGUUCGGAGCAGCCUCCCAGGGAUUCAGAUCUGGGACUGCUGCGCUCUCUGCUGGACGUGGCAGGUGUGGACAGGACAGCACUCGAGGUCAAGCUGCUAGCACUGGCAGAGGCGGGUGCAGAGAUGCCACCGGCGCAAGACUCGCAAGCCACAGCAGCUGGCGUGGUUGCGACAUUAACAAGUGUUUACCGGCAGCAGGUGGCACGCGCCUGGCACGAAAGGGACGACAAUGCGUUCCGCCAGGCACACCAAAACACAGCGAUGGCGACAGGCCCCGACCCAGAUGACGAGUAUGAGUGAGCAACAGCAGGUUGCGUAAGUGCGUUGGUUCUCCUGGGGUGGGAAGCUGUAUACUGGCAGCAGGACUAGAAGGCUCCAGAAGCCUGACAUCUUGCUUAAGGAAAGGUGGGCCACAUAGAUAAGGCGCGAUGGGACAGAUAGGGCAAGAGGUGCGGGGGAAGGUUUGUGAGGUGCGUGGAGAGAAAUGAGAGAGGAGGUCCAAGUUGAAAGCAGCGAGCUGGCACCGAAGGACCACAUGGGAAAGGCUUGGAAAGUGUUGAAGGGGGAUAUCAGGUCUUUGGAGUAUUGGAGAUGGAUGCUGAGGCAGGGAGCGAAGCGACUCGUGGCCUGACAUGCAUGGCAGGAUCCGAACCUGGCUGUACGUGCCGGCACAGUCAAGCUGCAGUGCGCUGGAGUGAGCUAAACCCGAACUAAAAUAUUUGUUCUUGUAUGUUGCCUGGGUCAAACUUCGAGGCCCUGGGGGCCACCACUCUUUCCCUCGACCAGCCAUUUCCUCAAAGAUGUAUCAU